GAACCAGGAAAGAGAAGCGGGAGAAACAGGAGGAGAAGACAUAAGGUUUUACUGAAGGAGGAUCUGUGAGGACGUCUUCAGUUCUAACCUUUUAUUAUUUAGAUCAGACGGAAGAAAACAACAACCUUCAGACCUGCUCAUGAUGAGUAAAGAGAAAAAUCACAACACAAACUCAGUCUGCUGUCAAACUACUGAGGACGAUACACACAGAGAACUGAGCCAACACUCGGGACAGGUAACAGCAAGAUGUUCCAGAUGUUGAGUGCAGCCCAGCAGCGGUUUUCAGGGCCUGGAUCAUGGACAAUGUGACACCUGGAAACCCUCCAGAUGAGAUGCACCUGAAGGACUACAACUACCUGGCCCUGAUCCUUGGCAUCCCCCUAAUCCUGGUCAUCAUCCUGGGGAACGUCCUGGUGUGUCUGAGCGUGCUCACUGAGCGCUCCCUGAAAACUGCCACCAACUACUUCAUCAUCAGUCUGGCAGUGGCCGACCUGCUGCUGGCAGUGCUAGUACUGCCGCUAUACGUAUACUCUGAGUUUCUGGGGGGCAUCUGGACGUUGAGCACCUCCAUCUGUGACGGUCUGAUGACCAUGGAUGUGAUGCUGUGCACUGCCUCUAUCCUCAACCUGUGUGCUAUCAGUGUAGACCGGUACAUUGCUGUGGUGGUUCCUCUGAAGUACAACAGGAACCAGUUCAGUGUCCGUCAGCUGGCCCUUAUCACAGCUACCUGGGUCCUGUCUCUGGGCGUGGCCACUCCGGUCAUCUUCGGUCUGAACCAGGUGCCAGGUCGCGAUCCAAGAGUGUGCAAAUUGGAGGACGACCGUUUUGUGGUGUACUCGUCGGUCUGCUCUUUCUUUGUGCCUUGUCCCGUCAUGCUCUUCUUGUAUUAUUGGAUGUUUCGAGGACUGCGGCGGUGGAGCGGUCGAAGUCGAUCUCCGGCGGAUCGUGCCGGUCGUCCAGCUCUCUCUUUACGUCUUGGCUCAGCUCUACAGCGAGCUAAAGCCACAACGACCGGAGGACUAGAGAAGGUGGUGUACGCCACGCCGACUGGCCUCAGCCCCACCUCCCCUUCUACUGUCUCUACGAUGAUGCCUUCGAUGACCCCAGUGAUGGAGGAGCAUCAGGACAGGGCAGUGGUGAUGGCAGAAAGCGACCCGAUGACAAUGCAGAUGGACAGCGUGUCGGACGGAGAGGCCACAGAGAGGAGGGAGGGACUCAACAGAGAGAACGGACUGAUGAAGAUCAGCCCUGCUGCAAAGAGAGGACGAAGAAACAGCAAGAGCAGCAGAGUCAGCGGGAGGGAGCGCAAAGCCAUGAAGGUCCUGCCGGUCGUUGUUGGUGUGUUUCUGGCCUGUUGGACACCUUUCUUUGUCGUUCACGUCACCAAGGUGUUGUGUCAGUCAUGCGACAUCGGCCCCACCCUCAUCUCCGUGGUAACGUGGCUUGGCUACGUCAACAGCGCCAUCAACCCGAUCAUCUACACCGCCUUCAACGCAGAGUUCAGGAAUGUCUUUCACAAGCUGCUCUGUUGUCGGACAUGAAACUAGAAUUGCUGAAAAGUGUCUCAUAGGUCCUUAGACUGUCCUCAGACUGUCUGCAGAAUGUCCGCAGAUUGAGCCUCAGAUGUCCUCAGACUCUCAGAGUGGAAUGUUUCUUUGAAAACUCUCGAAACACUCAAAGACUUGUCCUGUAAACUGUUAGUCACCAAAUGGAGGAAGACAGUUUCUGACCAAAGCCUUAGUUUAAAGCAACUGGACUGUCUCUUAUUUUGAAGGUUUCAUCACGUCUCAGGCUCCCAUUUCGAAGGUUGUAAUCGUGUUUCAGUUAAUAAUAAAGCAGCAGUAGUCAUAUUACUGUCCAUAUCACAGCCCAGAGGCAUAAAAUGUGUGAACAUGUGCAGAAUUAUAAAUGUUCUUUGAUAGAGUAUUUUCAUGGUGAUAUUGUUUUUAAAGGUGCAGGUUCUACAGAUCUGUGUGGACUUGUUUUUCAGAUCUUAUUUGUUUUUACAGAAAAGUGUUGAUUAAUUUUUUUGUGACUAAAGCAGACAGCAUGAACUUUGUCUAAAGAAAAGACAGAUAUGGAAAACAAAACAUCUCAGAAUGUUUCCAUGAGAGUUUGUGUUGGAGUUGUGACAAAUAGAAAUACUGUGGUGAAGAAUCUUGUUUGUAGUAUUUUUAUCUAUGAAGUGAAGGUAAAUGUGAUGAAUGUAGCUGAAACAUCACAGUCUCUGUCAUUAAAAAGAAAAAUUAAUAAACAGAUUAAAGAAAUUAGUUUUUGUUGGAUAAAACCAGAGCAGAAUGUGUUAUUCUGUAAAAGUAAAUUUAGUAAUCGGACUCUUUACUUCAGUAUUUACAUUUUAGGAGACGUUCUUCUUUUCCUCAAUAUAUAAUUCAGAAGGAAAUACCAUACUUUUUACAC